AUGGGAAGGUGCAAACUCAAGGAACGCGAACGAGACGCUGGCUACUGCCUCCUCUUCGUCGAAAACCUCAAAAGAGCCGCGCUCAAAAUGGAAACCUCAGACGUCGACCUUUGGAGUCUAUCUCAAAGAGAAGACGAAUCACUCCGCGAAUUCAUGAACAGGUUCAAGCUGGACAAUCCAGGACGCUCUUCACAAGGCAAUGGACUUCAUCACGAUGGAAGAAAAGAUGAGAGUCCUCUCCUAGAAGUACAACCCGCAGAAGACGUCCGCGAGAAGGAAAAACCCUCGCAACGACAGACUUCCGGAAAUACCUGGACCAGGAACCAGUUCAAGGAUAAUUCCUACUGCGAGUUCCACCAGACCAGAGGUCAUUCCACUAUGAACUGCAAGGUUUUCGGUGCAAGGCUUUCUGCGAAGCUCCUCGCGGGCGAAAUUUUGAAGGUCACAGGCAUAAAAGACCUCCUCCUGGAUUCCAAUCGCCCUCCCAAAACUGAUAAAGAGUCCCCCAAAAACGACACCCGCGAAAAUCAGUCGGGCGAGAAACGCGGAAGGAGGCAGGAUGACCGAGGAAACGACAGCAACCGUCGAAGGGAUCCUAUCGACACGGGAAGCACAGUCAACGUCAUCUUCCGCGAUACCCUCCAGAGGAUGAACAUCGAACUCAGAGAAGUCGUCCCGGAACCAAAACCUCUCACCGGUUUCUCAGGUGCAACGACAAUGACCCUAGGAUCAAUCAAACUCCCCGAGAUGGCUAAAGAGGUGACGAAAAUCAUUGAAUUCGCGGUAGUCGAUAACUCGGCCAUCUACAAUGUCAUCAUGGGAAAUCCUUGGAUCAAUGCCAUGAAAGCGGUACCGUCGACUUACCACCUUGGCAUCAAGUUCCUAACUCCAAACAGAUCAGCGGCUAAGAAAGCUCAAAAUGCUCCCGAGAGCUCCAUAAAAAGUGAUCCAGAAUCACCAGACCAGGCAACAAAUCCAGACGGCGACAUAGUCCCCGAGUCCAUCGCCUUGCCAGCGGACAGCCCGACUCCUGAAAUGGUCGUCGAUCCAACUGAAUCCCCAACGGCUGAAGUAACCGGAACGAUCCCAUCCAGCGAGUAG